AUGCCCGUCGAUAAUGAAGCGGGCCUGAUGGCUCCUGAAGGAAUUGUGGAGAAGACAUUGAGUGCUCGAGUUGGAAGGCUGCGUUUGCUUGCCACCGAUCGAGCCAGGGGGGGCGCAAGUUCGUCACUCCAGCGGGUGCAGAGCGGCAUCCGCCUGGGCCCUGCACGCCGGGGUGCUGGAAAGACGCCUUGUCACAGAGUCAUUGGCCCAAGCAGCGGCAUCGCCAGGGAUUGCUCGGGAUCCCACAAGCCCGUCGAUACCCAGGCGGUCCCAGGUGGUCCCAAGGUGGGUGCCAGGAUCGCUGACUUGGGUCGGUGGAAGUGUGGUGGAAGGACAAGGGGGGGCGUGGAGAGUUGCAGGAGGGCAGCGGCAGGCCAGGACAGGGAGGUAGAGAAAGAUUGGCGCCCAACAGCGCAAGAAGAGAAGCAGCAGAGCAACGAGGGCAGCGCAGCGCAGCGCAGCGCAGCGGACCGCCAAAAAGAGACGAAGGCUCACACGCUCAAGCUCACGCUCACGCCCACGCCCAUGCCCACGCUCAUGCUCACAUUCGGCCUCACGCACUCACGCACUCUCGACCUCAUAUCAUACUUUCGCUCACGCUCACGCUCACGCUCACGCUCUCCCCUCCAAUUACCCCCCAAUUGCUAG